ACAACCGGAAGCAUGCAACUUUAAAAACAGACUAACGCUGAAUUGAAUGUAACAAAACACGCCGUUUGUACAUCUCUAAAUGAUGAUCGCUGUUUGAGAGAACAGCAUGGAUCCGUCAGAGUCGGAGGGAGUGUGUGCACCGGGGCCCUCCUCUCCACACACUUCCAAACCCGAACUCUCUGCAGCGAUGCGGGCUAAGAUCGAGAGGAACCGACAGCAGGCGUUGAUGCUCCGGCAAGCCCGACUAGCGAGCCGCUCUUUGUCCGCCGUGGAGGGAGCAACGUCGGCCAAAGUCUCCAAGACCAUCGACUCUGGAGCCGGCUUCUUCAUCGAGGAGGAGGGUUACGGAGAAGAAGAGCAGAGGGUCAGGAAGGUUGUGCAUCAGCCAGCUCCAGUAAUAGAGCCAGACUACCUGCUGUGCGAUGACUGUCUAAAACCCUUUAUGGACUCAUACCUCAGCAACAGCUUUGACCUGUCUGUCUGUGACAAGUGCAGAGACAACGAGGAGAAGCAUAAGCUGAUCUCCAGAACUGAGGCGAAGAAGCAGUACCUGCUGAAGGACUGUGACCUCGACCAGAGAGAGCCUCCACUCAGGUUCACCCUGAAGAAAAACCCUCACAACCCAACCUGGGGAGACAUGAAGCUGUACCUCAAAGUACAGGUGGAGAAGAGAUGUAUGGAGGUGUGGGGCUCUGAGGAAGCCUUGGAGGAAGCUAAAGAGACGAGAGAAGAGAACAAAGAGGUGCAGAAGCAAAAGCGCUUCAACAAGAAAGUCAAAGAGCUGCGCCGGGCGGUGAGGAGCAGCAUGUGGACCAAAGACACCAGCGUCCACCAACAUCAGUACGGACCGGAGGAGGUAGUGGAUGAGGAGGAGGACCUCUACAAGAAAACCUGCACCACCUGCGGACAGGAACUCAGCUACGAGAAAAUGUAGACGCUCAAACACACAUAAACACAUACACACUGAUUGUUACGGGUAUUAUUUAUUAUUAAUAAAACACACAAGGAGCCACACAUUCAUUCUCUUGUGUGACACUAACAGGUCAGUGUCAGCAAUGGUUUCUUUUUUAAACAGCUGACCUUGCCUUGAACAAUUGUAUAUUUUUAGCAAAUUGCCUUUCUGGUUCACAGCCUAUUGCAACACUUCCUGUUUCUCUUGUGGAAUAUGGAGAUUUACUCUGGCAAUGUACCAACCAGGAAAGACACAAUAUUGAACUUGAAAAUACCGUCUUGGGUAAAAUAUUGAGUUUUGGAGACCUUGAUACAACUGGAGAAGAAAUUGAAUUUCGUUUUUCUGUGAUGUGUUCACUGUCAUGUCAAAAUUGAGCUUCACUCAAUAUCCUCUUUGUGGCUUUAUUCACCUUGCCCGUACUGGGUCACAGGUCAUGUUUUAUAUAUUUUUAAAAUAUAAUCAGUGUUCUCUCUCUA